AUGAAUCCUUCGUAUGCACUUCUGGAUCUACCCGUGAAUGAGUGCAAGACUCUUGACGAAGACGGAGUGCUUUAUACUUUUAAAAAGGCCGAUCAUGCCAAAAUUUUGUUGAAGAACCUCGCCUUGAUGCAAGCAAAUGAAGGACUUUUGACAGACGUGGUCCUGCGCUCUACGUCCAAAGAUUACGAGGAGCCCCUUCAUUCCAUUCUGCUUGCUGCCUGCAGUCCUACCCUUAAACAGAAUUUUACAGGAAGGGACUUUGAUUUCACCGGUGGCAAACUCUCUUCGAAGGGAUUGAACAGAGAUAUACUUAUUGCCUUUCGUGAUUUCAUUUACAAAGCAGAGUUCCCAUCACGUCAAGAACUGGUAGAUGGGCUUCGAAAGGUUGCUGAAAAAUAUGGAAUCGACUCUUUGAACAAGCUUUGCGACCGUAACAGCAAUGAACAAAUGUCGGUGUUGUGGAAUAGUCACCGUGAAGAUCUGCUUUCGCAACUGUACGAAAUGUACCAAAAGUCUGAAUUGACCUCCUGUUUGUUAGACGAUGGCAAUGGUAUAACACAGGCAGUCCAUGCACCAGUUGUCGCGGCAGCGUCGCCAGUGUUGCGGAAAAUUUUGACAAAUGAUCUGUUCUCAUCAGAAGAGACAAGAUAUCGUCUAAAGGAGAUUGCGCCAGACGUCUUGGAGGAUCUUGUGAAGUACAUAUAUACAGGUAAUGUUGCAGUGAACGGAGAAAACGUGGCUGGUCUUCUCAAAGCUGGAUGUGGUUAUGAGAUUCCCGCACUUGCAAGAGCCUGCUGCGAUUGGCUGAGUCUAAAGAUGGAUUGCUUUAAUGCAGUCAAUAUCCUGUGGCUGGCACGUGAGGAGAAUUGCAAAGAAACCAAGGUUCUUCAAGAAGAGGCCAAAAAUUUCAUAAUUGGUAACUUUACAUGCGUUAGUGAAGAAGACGAGUUCGUCGAGCUUGAGUACGAAGAUCUGAAAGCGAUCAUACAGUUCGACAAUCUUAAUGUGAAUUGUGAAGAAGAAGUCUUUAACGCGGUUGCCAAAUGGGUUAGUGCUGAGGAUGAGCGCAUACGUUACCUAAUAGAGUUGCUGAAAUGCAUUCGACUGGAGAAUACAAGUCCCGAGUUCCUUCGAAGUCUUCUGCAGCAUCCUCUUAUAAUGAAGAGUGCUACGUGUGUUGAAUAUGUUCAAAAUGCUCUUGAAAGUCAAGCCUCGUUUCAUUUGCAAGAAGACACAACCCCAACUGAAACCUUCAACGAGUCUGAGCAAGACUCCUACCCUGAUCAAUACGACUUUGAAGACGCUAUUGCCAGAGACCUGACACCAGAAUUUCUGUCGUCGGAGUUGGAGCUUCCUAAGUCAGAGGCUAUUGCUAAAGACCCGACACCAGAAUUUCUGACGUCGAAGUUAGAGUUUCCCGAGUCAGAGAUACCAGCUGUGCAGACGCCAAGGAGGGGUCAAAGGAAGGAUGGAACUCCUGACAUGAGGUUUAAAGAGAACAGGCGAUCGUUAGGCCUCCAGAAUAAGGACCACUCUCCCGAUAUGCGGUUUAAAGUUAACAAACGUGGCCUCAACCCCGCUGUAAAAAAGGAUGGCAGUGCAGACAUGAGAUUCAAAACAAACCGUCAAUCCCUGGGCAGAGAUGACGAGGGGCGACCACUGGCAAAGGCAGGUACGCCAGAUAGAAGAUUCAAAGUAACGAGAGAUAAGGAAGCCAUGGUGCAAUCUUCUUUAAAGAGUGACAGAACACCAAGUACUAGCCCUGUCAAGAAAGAUGGUACGCCUGACAUGCGUUACACUGUUAACAAACACCCCAACAGCCUGCUGACCUCAUCAAAAACAAGAUCAGCGAGUGCUCAGGUGAAUAGUUCCUCGCGUGUUGGUGGACCAUUAAAGGAAGACGGAACUCCUGACAUGAGAUAUGCUGAAGAGAGAUGGUCAACAAACAGUCAUCCAGUCAUCCUCCCUCUCCUUUUAGAAACUAUGAAGGUAGUCCUUUGCAGCUAUCAUCCUAUAGAGGUUCAAGUGGCCCACUGAAGGGGGAUGGAACUCCUGACAUGCGGUACGCAAUCAACAAACAGUAUACCUCUCCGUCUCCCUCAAGCAGCUACAGAGGAAGUUCGUCACAGCUGUCAUCAUAUAGCAGUCUGAGUAGGCCAUGUAAGAGAGACGGAACUCCAGACAUGAGGUAUGCCGUUAACAAGGCGUUCAAUGGCAGCAGUCCUGCAUCCUCUGGCUAUUCCUCUGGUGGGUCCAUCUACAGUUCGAGAUCAUCUCUCAGUGGAAAUGGAAGUGGGUCGAGUUCACGCGGUCCACUCAAACGCGAUGGUACUCCAGACAUGAGGUACGCAGUAAACAAGUCGUUUUAUGGUAGUUCACCGUCGGUUGGAUCUUCUUUUGGGGGAUCAAGCUACAGUUCCAGGCCAUCUUCCAGUGGAGGAGCCUCCCGAUCCAGCUCCUGUGGUCCCUUAAAGAACGAUGGUACCCCAGAUAUGCGAUAUAAAGCUAACUGGCGGUAA